GCUGUCCGGUCUUUAUCAGGUUAGCUUGCUCGGAGCCAUCAUGCUCGUCGUCCAGCCGUAAGACGAUGUUAACUUCCAGCUUGCGUUAAACAGAGACAACGAAGAGAAGAACGUUAGAGUUUGAGGCUCAGACAAGUUUUACCUUCAGACGCGUUGAUCUGAGCAGGGCGCCGCCAUGUUGAGUAACCACAAGCCCCGCCUACUGCAGCCGCAUGACACCUGUGCCUGUCAAUCAAUGUCACGACUGAGUCAGGGCACAAAAGUUGAAAUGUUUUGUUUUUUUUGAUCCAAGUACAGGAAAAGUCAAGUGAUAUGAAGUGAAACCAGAAGCACACCAACACAAACUUCACCAAAUCACUCUCGAAACGAUUACUAAUGAAGGUGAAGAUGGCGUCAUCACACGGAUGCUAUUUGAUAUACAGUAUUUAUUAUUAGCUAGUACAAAAUGAGAGGACUUCUCGUACUGAUGGGACGCGUGCUGGCGAUGCGUUCAGGGUCCCAGCCGGACGGUGCACGGCGCAGCUAUAAAAACCCGCAGCUGAUUGGCUGACAGGCGCGAGGAGAAUGAAGACGACGGUAAUGAUGCUGGCGACGCUGAUGAGCGUCACUUUGGGUGCGAUCUCAGCCGCAAAGCUGGGGGUGGUGCAGACGGAGGGGGGGCUGGUGCAGGGGGUAAGUAAAAGCAUGGGACUUUUCAGAACUGUGGACGUCUUUAAAGGGAUCCCGUUCGCCGACACCCCUGAACUGUGGGAGAAACCCAAAGCUCACCCGGGAUGGAGCGGUGUGUUGAAGGCUAACAAAUAUGCUGAGCGCUGCCUGCAGGUGACGUUGUUGCAGACGCAAACCCAAGGCAGCCAUGAUUGUCUCUACCUGAACGUCUUUGUUCCUCAGGGACUCACACUGUCGUCCAACCUGCCAGUCAUGGUGUAUCUGUUUGGCGGCGCCUUCCUGUUGGGGGCGUCCAACGACCUGGCCAUCCUGGGAGACUCGCUCUACGACGGCAAAGAAAUGGCAGACAGAGGAAACGUCAUCGUAGUCACGGCCAACUACCGAGUCGGAACGCUCGGCUUCCUCAGCAGUGGAGACGCUCGAUUGCCAGGUAACUACGGGUUGUGGGAUCAGCACGCCGCCAUCUUAUGGGUGCGGAGGAACAUCGCAUCCUUCGGAGGAAACCCAGACAACGUCACCAUCUUCGGCCAAUCGGCCGGCGCCGCGAGCGUCAGCUUCCAGAUGCUGUCCCCCCACAGUACAGGAUUAUUCCGCCGAGCCAUCACUCAGUGCGGCGUGGCGUUGAGUCCGUGGGCGCUGCAGAGGAACCCCAUGGCGCUCACCAGGAAGAUCGCCCGCAAGGUGGGCUGUUACCGUAGCGACGAGGACAUGAUGCUGACGUGUCUGAAGAUGAGCGACCCCGUGGGACUCACCAUGGCAGGAAAGAUUGACAUCCUGCUAAUGCUGGGCAAAGGCGUAGUCAUGGACCUUCUAGAACUCGCCCCUGUGGUGGACGGCGACUUCCUCCCUGAGCAUCCCAGCCGGCUCUUUCACAACGCGGCCGACGUGGACUACAUGGCCGGCGUCAACUCCAUGGAUGGACACAUCUUUGCUGGUGUCGACGUUCCCUCCAUCAACCAGAGGAACGCCAACACCACCGUAGAGGACGUCAGGGGUCUUCUGGCCGGCCUGACGAAAGAAAAAGGAAACGCGGCCGUUGGGUCAGCUUUGAGCGUCUACUCCGCCCACUGGGGCUCUAUCCCGGAGCCAGCGGUGGUGAAGAAGACGGUGGCAGACAUUGAGACUGACUUCUUGUUCCUGGUCCCAACUCAGACCGCCCUGCAGCUCCAUGCCAACCACAGCAGUGGCGCCCGUACGUUCUCCUACCUGUUCAACAUGAAGACUCGUAUCCCAGGAUUCCCUCGCUGGGUGGAGGCAGAGCAUAGUGAGGACCUGCAGUACUUGUUUGGGAAACCUUUCGCCACCCCGCUCAUCUACUUCCCCAGACACAGAGACCUGUCCCGCUACAUGAUCGCAUACUGGACCAACUUCGCCAAAACGGGUAAUCCCAACCAAGGAGACAGGAAAGUCCCGGUCCAGUGGCCCCCUUUUACCACAACUCACCGGCCCUUCCUGACCAUCAACCACCAGAUGAGCAAGUCCUCUGUCAGCUACAACCUGAGACGCGACUACGUCAACUACUGGACGAGCACGUACAGCCGCCUUCCGCAGGUGCUGUGAAGCAAGAAGAAGCGAUAGUGGUUUAUGUAACUGUUGAAAUCAAAUAAAGUCAUUAGCGAGGUCAAUCUGUUCCAUACAAGAAAAAGAAAAAAGAUUUCACGUGAAAAUGCUGCAGU